AGUGGUUUUCUGCGCCCUUCGUUAAAGCGCAACGUUGGUCUUCGCUGGGGGGGUCGGAUUGCCUGGCCGGCGUCACUUUCUCUUUCUGUAGCAGGACGCUUGCGAAAACGAUGGUGGGGAUGUCCUCGUCUCUUACUACUCACCAGCCAGAAUCGAGGGACGCAAGCGAAAAGCUUGGUUGAUGGAUCUCAAGGCAACGUGUUUUUCUCUGUGUUUAUGGGAGGGGGCAUCCUUCACGAACUAGACAUAGACAGAGCCUUAAUUUUGGUAGAGAACCAGCGAAAAAAAGUCUGCGUACAGACUGUUCCUGGUGACAGCCCGGAAGAGGCAACCCCUUUUUUGCAUGGCUUUGCCCGCGGGGAGCACCGCCUGAAUGAUUUUUUUUUUCUAGAUUGGUCUUUUGUGAGGAAUACUCUUUGUUUCAAUCGUGAAAACGUUGAUGAUCCCUCACAUUUGUCCCCGUGCUCCUUCUGUCCCACGACGGUUGCCCCAUCGCAGGCCCAGUUCCGGCGAUCCGUAACGCAUCCGUUUGUGCCCGCGUCAAACUGUUCUUCAGCAGCAGGAUUGGCAGUUCCUGUUUCGUUUCAACGUCACUUUCUCCCUCCGUUGAAGAUUCCCCUCUUCUCGAAGGGAACACUGGGUUGCCUGAACGGGCAACAGUCCACGAGAGCGGCGUUUCUUUGAGAGAAACUUAAACAGGUGAUUGUCACCACCGAUUGUCGCGGACAGGUGCAGGCUGAGGGCCCGUGGCGAGUGGAAGAAAAGCUGUUUCUCUCGGCAUGGUGUACCUUGUGGGCUGCUCGUACGGAUGUGCCGAUUUGUGGAACUGAGCACUCGCUUCCAUGUACAGAGUCUCCGAGGUAGGGUGCUUUCCGUCCA